GUAUGUGCUGUGUAGUAAAUGCAGCCCCGGUGACAGGUUUUUUCACAGGCAGAAGGAAACAGGGACACUAAUUCCAAAAUCCCCUUUUCAAGAAAUCUCCAGUGAAGGCCGUGCAUUGCUGUUUUCCCCUUUGCAUGUAAGCUGUGGAUGUUGGUAUCCCUGUGCUCAUGAGCCUGCUCGGUGGCUACAAGAAAAAGACUGGUUAUGAUGGGUAUGAAUCUUUACAGCUGGUCGACAGCAGCGGUGACUUCAAUAACGGGGAGAGAGCCGGCAACACACAGGGCGAGAACUCGACGGAAGCACGGCUAGCAGCUAAAGGAAGCCCAGCCAGACAGGAGGACUGCAGUACCAUGGACAGCUCAGGGACUUCAUCUCCAGAUAUGGAGGCCAGUCCUGGGGGUGGGCUGCUGGACAUUGUGAAAGGAGGGGCAGGGAGACUGUUCAGCAACCUGAAGGACAACCUGAAAGACACCCUGAAGGACACCUCUUCCAAAGUGAUGCAAUCAGUAGCAAGUUACACAAAGGGAGAAUUGGACAUUUCUUAUAUCACCUCACGGGUUAUAGUGAUGUCAUACCCUGCCGAGGCUGUAGAGAUUGGAUACAGGAACCAUAUUGAAGAUGUCCGAUCGUUCCUAGACUCCAGGCACAUGGAUCACUACACAGUCUUCAAUCUGUCACAGAAACUGUACCGCACUGCCAGGUUUCACAACAGGGUGUCCGAGUGCAGCUGGCCCUCCAGACAAGCUCCUAGUUUACACAACCUGUUUGCUGUGUGUAAGAAUAUGCACAAUUUUUUACAACAGAACCCCAAGAACGUCUGCGUCAUUCACUGCAUGGAUGGCCGAGCUCCCUCAGGCGUUCUGGUCUGUGCAAUGUUCUGCUUCUGUCACCUCUUCAACAAUCCGCUUCCUGCUAUUCAGUUACUGAACUCCAAGAGACCCGGCUCUGGGCUUUGGCCUUCACACAGGAGAUACAUAGAUUAUGUCUGCAGGAUGGUGUCUGAGAAACCCACACUGCCUCACUGCAAGGCUCUCAUUAUCAAGUCCGUCACUAUGAGCCCUGUCCCGAGCUUCAACAAACAACGCACUGGUUGUCGACCUUUCUGUGACAUCCUCAUUGGAGAAACAAAGAUAUUCUCAACAGCACAGGAGUAUGAGAGAAUGAGGGAGCACAGAGUCAUGGAAGGGAAGGUGAUGAUUCCUCUGGGGGUCAGUGUGCACGGGGAUGUGGUUGUUUCAGUCUUUCACAUGAGAUCCACUAUUGGAGGAAGACUUCAGGCCAAGUUGACAAACACACAGAUAUUCCAGUUACAGUUUCAUACUGGAUUCAUUGCUCCUGGAACGACAGUGCUAAAGUUUACAAAACCCGAGCUGGAUGCCUGUGAUUCCCCGGAUAAGUACCCUCAGCUGUUCCACGUGGUGCUGGAGGUUGAGGUGGAGGCUGCCGAUAAGCAAAUGGACCUGACCUCCCCCUGGGAGCACUUCCCCACCAAGGAUCUCAGUCCCAGCAUCCUUUUCUCCUGCCACCAGGAGCACCAGGACGCACUGGCGGUAGGAGAUCCCAGUAAGGGCCACCCCAGCACUGAAGACAAAGUGGCGCUGGUGCAUGAAGACAGCGAACCCUCUGACGACGAGCUCCUGUCUCUCUCCAGCCAGCAGAGCAACACCGGCAACGAGAAGCAGCCUCCACAGCAGAAGCAGGGCACACCGAAGAGCAGCAAGAGGCAGGAGGCCCAGCCCACUCCCGCGCCCGCACCCCCUCCACCGCCCGCUGAAGACGUGGACCUCCUGGGUCUGGACGGGGGUCUGGGGGACAAGGCCUUCGCCGGACAGCCGCAGCCGCCCCCCACCAACGCGGACCUGCUGAGCGACCUGUUCGGAGCGAGCACCCCAGCCUCGCCCUCCCACAGGCCUCAACCAGACAGCAAGCCGGCGUCCACUCAGUCCACCCCCAGGAAGGCAGCCCCAUCCUCGUCCCCCUGCCCCUCGCCAGCUUUUGAUGCAUUUGGAUCCGGUCCUAUCCCGGCUGGGCAGGAGUUUCUGGGAUCGUUUCUCGGGCCAGGUAAUGCUGGACAGAGUGACCCUUUCCUGCAUGUGACCCGGUCCCCCUCCCCCACACCACAGAGCACAGGCAGUGACCCGUUUCACAUGGGCAGGACCUCCCCUGUUCCUCCCACAACCCCAACUGUGAAUAUCCAGCAACCAAACUUGAUAGGAGGCUGGGAAUGGAGCAAACCCGUGCCAGCAGGGGGGUUUGGAAUGGGAAGCAAGUCUGCAUGCACCAGUCCUACAGGGUCUCUCCACAGCACACCUACCCACCAAUCCAAACCACAGACCCUGGACCCCUUCGCUGACAUCGGGGCCCUUGGGGUCAAUUUAGGAGGUGGCUCAGGAUUCUCCAGCAAGCCCACCACACCCACUGGGACCGGGGGAUCAUUUCCACCAAUGGGAUCACCACAGAAGCCAUCUCCCCAGCACACAGCGGGAGGGUCCUGGCAGCAGAACUCGGGUUACUCCUGGCAACAGGGGGGAUCAUCAAGGCAACCCCAGCAGGGUAAACCCGCCCCGCCACCCAUGCCCCACUCCUCUCCACAGAACAGGCCUAACUACAAUGUGAGCUUCAGUGCUAACACCAGCGGGAAAUCACCGGCCAGCUUCGGAACAAAGCCAAAAAUGCAACAUGCUAACUUUGAUGACCUGCUGUCUAGCCAAGGAUUUUCAUCCGCCAAGGACAAGAAAGGGCCCCGGACAAUAGCAGAGAUGAGAAAGGAGGAAAUGGCCAAGGAAAUGGACCCAGAGAAGCUAAAGCUCCUUGACUGGAUCGAGGGGAAGGAGAGGAACAUCCGAGCCCUGCUGUCCACCAUGCACACUGUGCUCUGGGAGGGGGAGACCAAGUGGAAACAAGUGGGCAUGGCAGACCUGGUCACCCCCGAGCAAGUGAAGAAGGUCUAUCGCAAAGCGGUGCUCGUGGUCCACCCAGAUAAAGCUACUGGACAGCCGUAUGAACAAUAUGCCAAGAUGAUUUUUAUUGAAUUAAAUGACGCUUGGUCAGAAUUUGAAAGCCAAGGACUGAACCCAUUGUAUUAAAAUGCUAGGAAGUACAAACUCCAGUCAAUAUUUUAUCCUUCAAAUCUGUGCUGUGGAUUUUUGUUUUGUUGUCACUGUCGUGUUUUUUCCAUAGAGAGUUUAAUGUACCAGGUUAGUUGUUUAGAUGUGAACAUCAGACCCAUUUAACUAGUGCACGCUGUCAAAUGGGGGAAGUUAAAGUUGUCUUGUACAGAACUUUCUUGAUUGGAACUUAAAUCAUUACUUUGUUAAAACA